CAUGUCCGCAGCUCCCGCCAGCAAUGGGGUGUUUGUCGUCAUGCCGCCCAGCAACGCCAGCGGCCUCCGCCCGCCUCCAGCCAUCCUGCCCACCUCCGUGUGCCAGCCUCCCGGGGUGCUGCAGUUCGAGGAGCCGCCGCUGGGGGCGCAGACGCCGAGGGCCGCCCAGCCGCCCGACCUGCGGCCGGUGGAGACAUUCCUGACCGGAGAGCCCAAAGCUUUAGGGAGCGUCCAGAUCCUCGUUGGCCUCAUCCACCUGGGUUUCGGCAGCGUGCUGCUCAUGGUCCGCCGCGGCCACCUGGGGAUGCUCUUCAUCGAAGGCGGCGUCCCCUUCUGGGGAGGAGCCUGCUUUGUCAUCUCUGGGUCGCUCUCAGUGGCAGCCGAGAAGAGCCACACCAGCUGCCUGGUAAGGAGCAGCCUGGGGACAAACAUUCUCAGUGCCAUGGCGGCCUUCGCGGGGACAGCCAUUCUGCUCAUGGAUUUUGGUGUCACUAACUGGGAUGUGGGCAGGGGCUAUCUGGCCGUGCUUACCAUCUUCACCAUCCUCGAGUUCUUCAUCGCGGUCAUUGCCACCCACUUUGGGUGCCAAGCCACCCGCGCUCAAGCCAGCACGCCUGUGAUUUUCCUGCCCAGCGCCUUCAGCACUGACUUCAACAUCCCCAGCCCCGCAGCCUCUCCGCCCCCCGCCUAUGACAAUGUGGCAUAUAUGCCCAAGGAGUCAUCCGAGUAGAGGUCAACUCCGCGGGGUGGAAGCCAGCCUUUCCCGUGUGGGCCCAGCCUCUCCCUGCCCCCCACCGCGUUAAUCUGGGGUCAGCCCUUCCCCCCACCCCACCCUCGCACAUUGUGGCACCCAAGUGAAGUUUCCCGGGGACGUCUGUCCCACACAUCUCCCUCGGUGGCGUCUUCCCUAAGAGAGCUAGUUGAUGUCAAGGGUGUGUGUCCCUCAGCUUCCUGGGCCUUGUCGCCCUUCUGGGAAUGUCCCCACGUGCUGUUCUGCGUUCUCUCUGCUCUUUCGGGGGCAGCUGUGGCCUCAUUGGCUUACAAGUUCAAUAGCUGCCCUCAGGCCUUGGGAAGAUCAUUAAGCUCAGGAGCCCAGAAUCCUCCAGAAAAAGGGUACUGAGUCCAAGUGCUGAGGCCACACGGCCUGCCGUGACCUGACCUCGGGUCUCCAGGCACCAGGACCAGCUCUGUGCUUUGUCAUCUGCUGCCGUACCAUGGGCCUCAGCUUCCCUGGAAACUGAAGCAUUAACUAGAUGGCAUUUAAGACCUUCCAGCUCCCCAGGGCUCCCCGAAGUCCUGUUCUAAGUCAGGUGAUAUCCCCCCAUGCCCUGGAAAAGCUCGUUUUCCUUAUCUAUAAAAUAGAGUCAGUAUUGGCUCCAGCGCUGCCCAUCUCCCAGGAUUGGGAGGUUUCAAGGACGGCUGAAGCCAGCCCGGAGCACCCCAGUCAGCAUCCACAGAGGCACAGCCGUGGUGGCCCCUCCCCCCAGCCUGGGGAGCAGAGCUGCCCCUGCAGGUCACCAUCAGCCGUGCUGAGUCUGGGGCAAAGGGGACACUUCUACCUGAUGUCAGAGGUCCUGGUGGAUGGAUGGUCAUCUCCUCCACUCCAUAGAGGGAAAUAAACAGCGUGGCCUACAGUUUGAGCUGCUCUCGUUGCAAUGAC